AUGUCCAUCUUCAUCUGCUACAAGUUCUUCUUUUUGUUCUUUCCACUGCUUGUAGUAGGAUUAGAUGAUUGUACAACAACCAGGUGCAGUAAAGGUGGCCCGACCAUUCGGUUUCCUUUCAGGAAUAAAUUUCUACAGCCAGAACAUUGUGGCUAUCCAGGUUUCGAUUUGUAUUGCGACAAGAGCAAGACUGUGCUCGAACUGCCUUUUUCAGUCAAGGUGGAAGUAAAGAAAAUUGAUUAUGCAUCUCAAGAAAUUCACCUACAUGGUCUUGAUGGAUGUCUUCCUCAAAAGCUUCUGUAUCUUAAUUUAUCAGCCUCCCCAUUCCAAUUCCUUGAAGAUGAUAGAUUGUCCAACUACGUCAUGUUCAAUUGUACUGCAGUGGAAAGAAAGAUAUACAAUAAUAUUCCUUGUCUUGGUGUCCCCGGCUACCAAGUAUACUGCAUUCCUUCCUAUUCACACUCAGACGACUAUGAUUUGACUUCAUGUAUCAAGAUUCGUGAAAUUUCAUCUGUUCUAUGGUAUACACUAGAUCAACACGAUCUCCAUCUGAAAUGGUCAGAACCAUAUUGUGGCAAAUGUGAAGCUCAAGGAAAUAUUUGCAGCUUAGACACCAAUAAAAGUAGAACUCAGUGUACCAACAAGCCCAAGACACAUAGAAGUGAACAAAGGGGAGAUUUGAUUAAUGCAGGAGCCACCUUAGGUGCUUUCCUUUCAGUGGGAUCACUAGUAGUAUUUUACUAUGUCUAUAGCUCCAGUAGAAUGAAGAAAAAGAAUCGGGCGACGAUCGAAAAGUUUUUGGAAGAUUACAGAGCUCUCAAGCCCACUAGAUUCUCUUAUGCAGAGAUCAGAAAUAUUACCAAUCAGAUUCAAAACGAAGAAAAGAGUGUUGCAAAACAAGGCAAAAAGUUUACUUGGGGGACAGAGGCUCUUCUUACAGCUACAAAGAAAACGACUUAG